UUGAGUGGUUCAUUGCCUAAUCUAUCUAAUGUUGUUGAAAUACUAGACCUUUCUGAUAACCAAUUCUCUGGUCAUAUCUCUCCUGAUAUUGGCCUGAUGCAGCCUUAUCUGAUUUAUCUAUCCCUCUCUGGUAACAACUUGUCUGGUGAAAUCCCGACAUCGAUCGGUAACAUGCUGGGACUUCAUGUACUUGAUUUGUCAAGGAACAAUUUAGAUGGUGUCAUCCCUGGGAACCUGCACAACCUUACUUAUUUGAUGGCUCUUGACCUCAAAACCAACUCUCUGUCUGGGACUAUUCCUCCAUCUAUAGGUAGUUUGCAAAGGCUCCAGUCAUUGCACCUCAGCAACAACAUGCUGUCAGGAGCCAUGCCAUCAUCCUUGCAAAACUGCUCCUAUUUGGAAAUGCUGGAUCUCGGAGACAACUUUCUAGAUGGUUCCAUCCCAAUUUGGCUCACAUCAAAGAUUCCGGCACUCAUAGUACUAAGGCUGAGAUCAAACAUGUUCGCCGGCCAGAUACCGCCUCAGCUUUCAAACUUGAGCUCCUUGCAGGUUGUUGAUCUUGCAGAUAAUAACUUAGAAGGCCAUAUUCCUCUGAGUUUUGGAGACUUCAAAGGUAUGUCUAGAACUCAAAUGGUGAACAAGUACUUGCUCUUCGGAUUCUAUCGAGCAAGUUACUAUGAAGAGCAAUUAACUGUGAAUUUGAACAACAAUGAACUUGUCUUUACCAAGACUCUUUCACUCUUAACUAGCAUUGAUCUGUCAAGAAACAAGCUAUCAGGACCAUUGCCUCAGACAUUGACCAAACUUGCAGGUCUGCUUGUCUUAGACCUUUCCCACAACCACUUGACAGGUGACAUACCAGAAGACAUCAGUGCUAUGAGAAACUUGAUUUCUCUAGACUUAUCAAAUAACGGUUUCUCAGGUGUCAUUCCAUCAACUAUGACAGGCAUGAGUUUUUUGAGCCAUCUUAACUUGUCUAACAACAACUUCUCUGGAAAGAUCCCUAAGGCAGGUCAAUUCUCAACCUUUGAUUCAUCUUCAUUUAGUGGAAAUGGUGAUCUCUGUGGCUUUCCACUGGCCUUGCAGUGUCAGCAGACUGAUGGAUUCUUUGUUGGUCUCUUGGGAUUGUUUGCAGUAAUAUCUAUUAGAAAGCAAUGGAGGGUUGCCUACUUCAAAGUUGUGGAUGCCUUCAUCAGUGAGACAUCGAAGGUAAAGAAUGUCAUGCCAAGGCUUCAAGUCAACAGCGGUGUCUAAGGAUGUGGAGCGAGUGAACGAGACUGAUCACUUGGCAUUGCUUGCAUUGAAGAAUGGAAUAACCACUGAUCCCACAAUAAACAGUAACAUCAAUGGGAAAAUGCGAC